CAUUACAUCGCAAAGGGGAGUGACGCAGUUAUUGUAGAUGUCCAGAUUCUCCACGCUUUUCCCUUUGACCCGAAUUUAACGUCGCUUCCCGGGCGUGGAUGUGAAAUUGGCCCGGAAACACGGUCGAGGGUCGCCGCCGUCGUCGGGAGCCUGUAUGCGCCAUUGUGGAUGUCAUUCCGGUUGGAGGUUGCGGUAGAGCCCGAGGACUAGAUGCGAUAACCAGGACGCGAGAUGCCGCAGCCCAAGUCACGCAAAAUCGCCAUCCUCGGGUACAGAUCCGUAGGAAAGUCGUCUUUGACGAUUCAGUUUGUCGAAGGCCAGUUUGUGGACUCCUAUGACCCAACAAUAGAAAACACGUUCACCAAGAUGAUCACAAUAAACGGACAGGAGUACCAUCUUCAGCUGGUGGACACGGCGGGACAGGAUGAGUACUCCAUCUUCCCACAGACCUACUCCAUUGAUAUCAACGGCUACAUCCUGGUCUACUCCGUCACGUCCAAUAAAAGCUUUGAAGUGGUAAAGGUGAUCCACGAGAAACUGUUGGACAUGGUGGGAAAAGUUCAAGUGCCCAUCAUGCUGGUCGGGAACAAGAACGACCUCCACAUGGAGCGAGUAAUCAGCUGUGAAGAGGGGAAAGCGCUUGCUGAUUCAUGGAACGCCGCCUUCAUGGAGUCCUCUGCUAAAGAGAACCAGACCGCCGUGGAGGUUUUCCGCAGGAUGAUCCUGGAGGCGGAGAAGAUGGACGGCGGCGUGCAGCCGGGAAGGACAGCCUGCUCCAUGAUGUAGAGUCGGCCCAAUCAACACACAGGACACUGCACUGGGAUAUCCCGAUACUUGAAGGCUCGCUGCCAGUUCUCCUCCACCUCAGCUGACCUGCCUCGCCGCCCCGCCCCCUCCUGGGUCCUCAAUAUCCAAUAGGCUCGGACUCUUUCUCUUAUUUAUCAGUAUUUUACCAUUCUAUCUCUGCGUCGCCUCUUUUGGUUUUGUAAAUGAUUUUUAAAUGGAUGAGUGGUGGUUCCAUAUAUUCCUCUCACGUCGCCACUUCUUCAUCCUGAUGCAACGAAUACAUGUGGAUGUGUCGGAGAAAAACGCUGUUCUACUGUAGUCUGCAGCGGCAUGUCACACGGGAGGAGGGGGCUUUUAAAGGUCUUAAAAACAGUGUAAGAGGGAGUCCGCUCCAGCUCAGAUUCAAAAAUGUACUUCUUUUUAAAAACAAGUGUUGCUUGUGAAAGAUUGUUCUGGAGUGAAAUAGAAGCUCACACCUAAAGAUCAUACUUCCUUUCUGAGUUUAGAAGACGUAGAUUUGAUAGAGACUCAGAGUGGAGUUUUCUUUUAACAUUAACUGACACAUGAUUUGGUUUUUAAAACCUGUCAAAAGCAAAGCUAACAAAACACUGGCUUUUAAAUCAAGUUUCACGACAAUCUCACUUCAGUCUUGAAUUUGGCAGAAGUCUGAGGUAAAAAUUAGAAAAAAGAACUUGGACUUAAGGAGCAUUGCUGAAGUAGUUUUCAAAGAUGCCAUGGUUGGGUGAGAAGCUCUGUCAACUUGAGACUCCGAGUAGAGCCUCAUUUAUUUAAGUUAUCUAGAAGAGAGUCUUGGCUUGGUCCAUAACAGGACACUAACAGACUCUGACUCUGGCCUGGUAAUGUCUCGGACAGCCACAGUCUCCUUGUAAAAAUCAGAAACAUUCUGAGCUUGAAAACAACUUCCUCUUACAUGUUUUACUAUUUUCAACUUAAGGAUUUUUUUUAACCAUUUUUAAACGAAACUGAACUAAAAUCACACUUUUUUGACCAACAUUUGUCUCCCAAGUCGCAGUCCCUGUCGGACUUUCGGACAGUUUAGGGAGCUAAUUUUGGACAAACAGGUGUUGAUUUCUUUUAUUUCUAUUCUUAUUUAAGGAAAACUGUUCCAUCCAUGGAUGAAAACCUUUUAUUUUUGUGUAUUUAACGUCUGUAAUAUGAUGUGUGUCAGACAUAAAAAAAUGUUGUAGGAUCAAGGCUGUCACUUGGUGGCGCCAUAGAGGCUCCUGAAGAUGUGAAGACCUUGUGAGCUGAAGCCAUUAGCCAAGCUGCAUCUUAGCAUGUGAUUAUAAACCCCUCCCGCCCAUCGGCUCUCGUCUGUGUGAAAUCUCGAACCCCCCCAACCCAAAAAAGAACGACAACUGGAGGAGUGAACACGGCUCUUUCUUCUGAUACAUCACCAGCUGUGUGUCCUCCGAGUCUUUUCUACUUCAUCUCCUCCCUUUGUUUUACCGUCGGCCGGCUCAAUAAAAGCAGAAACGUCCCCAUUUUCUAAAGUUGCAAAUGUUGUACAAAUGUUUUUGAUUGUAAUCAUUAAAGCAAAAAGUGGUUAUGUAACGCUGUGGUGGCUGGAUU